CAUUGCUAGCGCCAUGGCCUCCCGUCACCACUCAAUCAGCGAGUUCGAUGGCGCUCGCCCCCACCCCCCAAACACCCAAGGCUUCUACACGCCUCAACGAUUCCAGAACCGUCCCAAUGAAGUAGAGCAGAUGAUGCAGGCAAAGCGUCGGAUGGCGGCACAGCGUGAAAGGGAACUCCGCAAUUACCACCAGGAGCAGCAGUACAACCGAAGUACGUGGUAGCGCUUUUUCUUCGUCAUGACCAUUGUUUUCACUCCGUUCUUUUUUGAUAUUCCCCGCGAUUUUCCCGUGCAUCUUGUGUAUUCGGCUGCUUUGUAUAAUACAUUGCCUGCUUUCCGAAAUGUCUGGCAACAACAAGCCCGAGCGUUCUCUGAGUCCCGCCGCGAUGAGUGAAGAAAGCCGUCGAGAUCUACUUACUCGCCAACACCGAGCCCUCCAGGGCGGUACCGGAACUCCUUCCUCGGCCACCGGCGUGAGAGGCCCUUCCCCCCGCGGUGUGGAUCCCUUCGGUUUGUCCCACGCCCAUACCCCGGGCCCAGCCAGCACCGACGGAGUUGUGCACACUCCCACCGCUGCGUCCGCGCUGCAGUCCCCGAACCGCGCGAAUAGCACCUCGUCCCCCAGCUCCGGCAUCAACCCCGUCUUUGGUAAUCCCGCAGACCAAUCGGUCACAUCCACCUCGUCGCCCGGUGGAGCCGACUCACCGUCGCGUACAGCCACUUCCAAGUCCACCGCCGGCCCCAUUGGCUCGGUGGGUCCCAUCGGUUCGCGGCCGAUCCCCACUACCAGCUCCGUCCCCAACCCAGGCUUGACUAAGCGUUCCACCACACCGCUGCCCUCCCCGCUGGGCUUCAGCUUCACGGCCGGUGAUGCUGGCAAUGAUCACUCGGCUGGCAUCCCUCCUGCUUCUGCCACCGGUGCCCCAGUUGGCUGGGGCAACGGCAGCGGAGUGUGGGGAUCCAAGAGCGGCCUCGGCGUUCAAGCCCCUGUUUGGGGUUAAAACAUUGAUCUUUCACGUUUUCAGCAUUCAUUCAUUCCAACAUGAGUUCGUUCCGCAAUGUGGCGUUGUGAGAAAAAGGUUUGACUUUGACGAUUUUCAUUUUAUUUUUAUGCUUGACAUACCAAAAACGAGCAUGGUACAUAUACGACC